AUGCGAAAAUGCCGGAGUUCCUGGGAUUUUAGUACUUGUGGGUAUCCAGCACCAGAGAUUCCGGAGCCCGGGGUUUCUGAAACGUCGGCCAGAGCGGGUGUACGUGAGAACGGGGUUCCUCUUGGCAGCUGGUGCCACGGGAGGCAUGGCCGAGGACGGCAUUACUGCAGAAACACGGGUGGGGAAGGCCUCCGCGCCGUGAAACCGGCCACUGCCUCCUGCAACGUGGACACAGCACGGUCUGGGCCGGGGCCGCCGGGGAGCCGCGGGGGAGUGGGAUCGCCCCUGUCCCCACGGGACAGCCAAGAUGAACUGCGUGGCAAGGUUAUCUGGGUGACAGGAGCAUCAAGUGGAAUUGGAGAAGAAUUGCUUUCCCAGCUGUCAAAGAUAGGAGCCUUGCUUGCCAUCUCAGCAAGAAGAGAGGAUGAGCUGGAAAGAGAGAAAAAGAAAUGCCUUGAGAUCAGCAACUUGAGUGAAAAAGAUAUCCUUGUUCUGCGUCUUGACUUGACUGAUAGAAGCUCUCAUGAAGCUGCAACCAACAGCGUUCUCAAGCAUUUUGGCAAGAUUGAUGUUUUGGUCAACAACGGUGGACGUUCCCAACGCUCUCUGUUUGUGGAUACAAACCUGGAUGUCUACAGUGCCAUAAUGGAGCUCAACUACCUGGGUACAAUCUCUUUAACAAAAUAUGUCCUGAAUCACAUGAUUGAAAGGAAGAGGGGAAAGAUCAUUACUGUGAGCAGUGUGAUGGGUCUCAUGGGAGCUCCUCUUGCCUCCGGGUACUGUGCCAGCAAGCAUGCUCUGCAGGGUUUCUUUAAUUCUCUUCGGACUGAGCUGACUGACUACCCUGAGAUAAAUAUUACUGUCAUAUGCCCGGGACCUGUACAGUCUCAGAUCAUACAAAAUGUCUUUACAGAGAAUCUUGCAAAGCCCCUGGAGAAGAGCGGGGAUCAGUCCCACAAGAUGCCAACGGACCGCUGUGUGCGGCUCACCCUGGUGAGCAUGGCCAACGACCUGAAGGAGGCUUGGGUCAGCGACCAGCCCUACCUGGCCAUCUGCUACCUCUGGCAGUACGCGCCCACCUGGGCCUGGUGGCUGAUGAACAAGUUGGCCAAGAAGAGGAUACAGAACUUCAAGAGUGGAGUGGACGCUGAUGUCUCUUACUCAAGAAAGAAGAAAUAAGGACAAAAGUGUACAAACCCCUGCUUCUGCUAAGGCUGAGAAACUUUUUUCAUACUGCGUGACUGCAAACAAAAGCUUUUUUAUCUUUUACCUUUGUCAUCAUGUAACUUGACAAAUCUAUCAAGCUGUGUACACGCUUGACUAAAUAAA